GAGAAAAACGUAAGGGGGCGUGCCUUUACGUCUUACGCUGACCCUGACGUCACACUGAACUCUGGAUCCUGUAGCUGCAGCGUAAACGGUGAAAUGGCAUUAACGCAAGUUUCUUCUAAUAAGUGCUCCGAUGGGUAUCAGAAAGUGUUCGAGCAUGACAGCUCCGAGUUAAAAUGCAAAAUGAAGUUCGCCAUUUACCUUCCUCCCAAGGCUGAGAGCUCCAAAUGUCCAGUGUUAUACUGGCUUUCAGGAUUGACAUGCACAGAGCAAAACUUCAUCACUAAGGCAGGGAGUCAGCAGGUGGCUUCUGAACAUGGGAUCAUCAUCGUAGCUCCAGACACCAGUCCACGUGGCUGUAACAUUGAAGGAGAGGAUGAGAGCUGGGACUUCGGGACAGGUGCUGGAUUUUACAUCAAUGCCACCCAGGAGCCCUGGAAGACCAAUUACCGCAUGUACUCGUAUGUCACCGAGGAGCUCCCACGGCUGAUUAAUUCUAACUUUCCUGCUGAUCCGGAGAAGAUGUCCAUCUCUGGUCACUCCAUGGGGGGCCACGGAGCUCUCAUUUGUGCACUUAAGAAUCCUGGGAAAUAUAAGUCUGUGUCAGCAUUUGCUCCCAUCUGUAACCCUAUACAAUGUGCAUGGGGACAGAAAGCUUUUUCUGGCUAUCUUGGACCUGACAAGUCCACCUGGGAGUUGUAUGAUGCUACUGUAUUGGCUGAAUCAUAUUCCGGUCCCGAGCUUGAUAUUCUGAUUGAUCAAGGCCGUGAUGACCAGUUCUUGUCUUCCAGUCAGCUGCUUCCUGACAAUCUGAUUGCUGCCUGUUCCAAAAAGAAAAUCCCUGUUGUUUUCCGCCUUCAGCAGGGUUAUGAUCACAGCUACUAUUUCAUCUUCUCCUUCAUCAACGACCACAUCAAGCACCAUGCUAAAUAUCUGAAUGCCUGAAACCUUGUGUCAUGAGUAUAGCAAGCAGCCCUUGUGCCUUUCAGAUCAUAACAACACCUACAGGAUCUACACAGCUGGAAAUGACAUCACAGCCAUGUCCUGACUGGUUCACACUAUCCGUCAAAUUGCAGUGCCACUCUCUGUAUUUUCUUAUGCAGAACUAAUAGGGUGAAGUUUAAGUGUCGACACAUUUACAUUUCUUCAAAUAAAGGCAUUUGGUUGUGAUUUUGUA